UCUUAACACAUUAACACGAACGUUCUCAACACGCAUCCGCUAUUCAAAAGUGUUUGCUACUGUUCGAAUAAAAAUAAAAAUAUUUGUUGUUGCAUAUGUCAAGUUUUCAUCAAGUGUUAGUAGCCAGUUAGUGUUCGUAUAUGCAAGCCGUCUGAGAGUGGGCGAUAUUCCUAUAAUAAAGUAGCGACAAGACUUUUUACACAUGGAUCGGGCUUUUGUAGCUGUUUUGAUAUUUUGCCUCGUAUACGAAGACGACGCUACCCCCUACCAGUAUGAAGACGACGUUACUCCCUACCAGCAUAACGACCUCUUGCCGGACGGGCCACAAGUGUUAACAUGCAGCGAAACACAGUGUCCAGAAGGAUCCACAUGCGUGUCCACUGGGUACUACACGUACUGUGAAUGUCCGGCGGGGAAAGUUGGUCGAGAUUGUGACGAGGAUAUCGAGAAUUUAACAGUACCAGAUGCGAUCAUGACCACGCCUGGUGAUCCAGUGACAAAACGCAUGUCAUCUGCGGAAAUGAACCAGACUGAUGAUACGGUCACAAAACGCAUGUCGUCCACGGAAGUCACCCAACCUGAUGAUAUGGUCACACAACGUUUGUCAUCCACGGAAAUGACCCAGCCUGAUGAUACGGUCAUACGCAUGUCAUCAAAGGAAAUGACAGAGCCUGAUGAUAUGGUAACAAAGCGCUCGUCAUCCACGGCAAUGACAAAGCCUGAAGGCAAGACAACGAUCCUUCCGAAUGUGACAAAGGCGGGAAAUGAAACCGAACAAUUGGAAGACGGCGUUACUCCCUACGAGAAUCACGACUUCUUUCCGGACGGACCGCACGUGUUAUCUUGCAGCGAAACAAAGUGUCCAGAAGGAUCCACAUGCGUUUCCGAUGGGUUUUUUACGUACUGUAAAUGUCCGGCGGGUAAAGUUGGAGUAAACUGCGAUAUGGAAGAUCCAUGCUUAGAGACGAAUGAAAACUGUGCGCCGGGGAUGACCUGUUUUGGCCCCUGCAAUCCCAACGUAUAUUGUGAAGGGGCCACUGGCAUCCCACAUUGCACCAACUGUAUCGAGGGGUACACUUCGGAUGGGUGUAAGGGGGACGUGGACGAAUGCACAGAGUACUUUGAGGACGUCUGCAACAACAACGGGAACUGUACAAAUACCAACGGCAGCUUUUAUUGCACAUGCUUCGAAGGAUUUGUUGGUAGUGAAUGUGACGAGUAUAUCGAGGAUUUUACAGAACCAGUUGCUAUAAUGACCACGCCUGAUGAUACGGUUACAAAACGCAUGUCAUCCACGGGAAUGACGCAUCCUGAUUAUACGGUCACAAAACGCAUGUCAUUCACGAAAAUGACCCAGCUUGAGUAUACGGUCACAAACCGCAUGUCAUCCAAGGAAAUGACUCAGCUGGAUGAUACAGUCACAAAGCACACGUCAUCCAAGGAUAUGACCCAGCCUGAUGAUACGGUCGCAUACCGAAUGUCAUCCACGUCACUGACCCAGCCUGACGGCAAGAAAACCACGCUUCCAAAUGGAGACACUGGAAUGCCUUCAGAAAACCUGGCGCCUUCAAUGUCAUAUGCAGAGCAUCCCUUUGUCGACUUCAUGAUGUUGACCUUCGCUCUCAUCGUCACUAUAGCGACACCGUUUCACUUUUAGAAACCAAUAACUGUUACAUAAAAGCCUAUAAAUCGUUGCACCACAAGAUAAAUAUUCAAUUUGAAAUUGUAUGUCUAAAGAUCAAAUUCAGGCAAAUAAUUCACGUAUGAGGUAGCUCAUUGUAACUGGCCAUUGCGAGGAUGGCAUCAUAGAAACCCAGAUUUGUUCUGUUCAGAUUGACAGUCAACAUUUUGACUGAAAAAAACAACAUCAAACAGUAAACAUUGGUAAUGAAUUCAAUAUAAAUUAUGGAAUAGAUCUCAUAUAUCAAUAACCACCAACACACUGUUAAAAGUUUUUUUUUCGAUAUUAAUGUCUUCUACACAAAAUGUUUGGUAAAUUAAAUUCAAUGUUUAUAAAAUUUUCUCCCAAUUGAAAUCGUAAAUGCAUAUGUUUUUCACCGUAUGAUACAAUAUUCUAAAUGUAGAUAAUGAUCAAUCAUCACUAAUUAGGUAUUAUAUAAAAAGUAAUUGCUUAACAUAGGGAUGGCCAAAUCUAAAGAAAUUGAUGAAACUAAAGAAAAUAAUGAUGCAUCUUUGAUAAGAUACCUUGUAAGUUAUGUAUAAUGUAAUUAUAUAUAUCAUUCUUUUAUAUAUACUAAUGUUAUAAAAUAUUAAACGCAUACUGUCUAUUAGUUAUAACUUUGAUAACUCUUUGGAGGGUUAGUGUUCUCGGUGGCCAAUUAGGAGAACGGCAUAAUGUUGUGGUGCGUGUACAUUCAUGAGGGCAUUUUUUGCGUCUGACUUAAAUAAUUCAGCGAAACAUAUGUGUGACAAAACAUCCAUGUUAUAUUAUUAAAUGACUGUCAUUAAAAAUUUGAAUGAUAUGUCUAUAUGAUGACGUGCCUUGCAUGAUGACUACACUGUAAUCCUGUAAACAGACAGUAAAGUGAGUAAACUAUGUCUGUUAAAUAAACAUCGUUGUCUGGCGAUUGUUAUGAAUACCCAUAUUAAUGUUUAUGCCAUUCAUUUGUCAAAUUUACGUAUAAAAUAAGAGAUUUAUUAAUGAAACAAGUUAACUUA